AUGGAGACCACACAAUGCUCUAGCUGCUGGCAGCAGCAGCAGCAGCAGCAGCAGCAGCAGCAGCGGCUGCCGCUGCUGCGGCUGCGGCUGCUGCUGCUCCUGGGCUUGUGGUUCUUCAUGCGAGCUCCUGCUGCUGCUGCUGCUGCUGCUGCUGCUGCUGCUGCUGCUUCGCAGCAGUCACAAAGUUUGCUGCUGCGGAGUGGCUGCUGCAAGUUCAACCGCCGGUGGACGCCUGAAGCCUCACCGCUGGCAGCAGCAGCAGCAGCAGCAGCAGCAGCAGCAGAAACAGCAGCAGCAGCAACAGCAGACGCCGCAGCAGCAAACCGAGCAGGAGCAGCAGCAGCCGCUGCUGCUUGGCGGCUUGCUGCAGCAAAUGGGGGCACCAACUCACUGAGGCUAAGAGGACCUGCUGGCCGUAUCGGCAGCAGCAGCAGCAGCAACAGAGAGUGCAGCAGCAGCAGCAGAAGCAGCAGCAGCAACAGCAGCAGCAGCAGCAGAAGCUUUUCAUUCUUAAGCCACAAAGCGCUACACUGUGCUGCUGCUGCUGCUGCUGCUCGGGCCCUACCUCCCCUCAGUGCUGCUCCACACUCAAAGAAGCGCCUGAGCCAGCAGCAGCAGCAGCAGCAGCAGCAGCAGCAGCAGCAGCAGCAGCAGCAGCAGCAGCAGCAGCAGGACAAGUACAGGAUGUUGAUUUUUAGCGAGGGCACGGCCGAAGAGCGGCAGCAGCUGUGGGACGAGCUGCUGCAGCAGCAGCAGCAGCAGCUGAGCAGCACGGGGCUGGUGGGCGUCAGCAGCGGGUCUCUGACAGCAGCAGCAGCAGCAGCAGCAGAAGCAGCAGCAGCAGCAGCAGGAGACGCGCAGCGCAUUAAAGGCUACCAAAUUGAAGACAUUGAUUUUGCUGCUGCAAUGCCUCCGGGGCUGCCGCCGCUGCCUGCGGAGGCUGCCUCGCAGCAGCAGCAGGACCAGCAGCAGCAGCAGCAGCAGCAGCAGCAGCGGCAGCAGCAGCUCAUUGAGGAGCUUAAAAGAGGAGCCAGGCAGCACGUUGUUCCCAGAGGAAUGCUCCCAAGACUUAACCUCGACCAGAUAUUGUUAGCAGCAGAAAAGAAAGUGCUGCCGCACCCCCACUUGACACUUGCUGUUGCUGCUGCUGCUUUCUUAACUUCUCGGGAGGCCCUGGGGCCCCUCUGUUUGCCCACGGAGGCCUUCACUAUUCCAGCUUUGGGGGAGAAGCCUGCAGCAGCAGCAGCAGCAGCAGCUGCUGCUGCUGCUGCUGCUGCUGCUGCUGCAGCGGGAACGCCCAGUGCAGCAGCAGCAGCAGCAGCAGGCGCACCCUUCGUUGGCGUGCCCCUCCGCAACUGGGAGACAUUCCCCUGGCCGCAGUACUUAGAAGGGCUGCACUUGGGGGAGCAG